AUUCGUCAUGCCUUCUUCCAUUUCUGUACUUGCGGGGGUUCUCGUGCCUGUUUUGGGCGCGGUGGCUGCUAAGCUUCCUUCUACGGCUCAGAUUAUUGAUCAGAAGUCGUUCAAUGUCUUGAAGGAUGUGCCACCUCCUGCAGUGGCCAAUGACUCUCUGGUGUUCACUUGGCCUGGUGUAACUGAGGAGUCUCUUGUUGAGAAGCCUUUCCAUGUCUACGAUGAAGAGUUUUACGAUGUAAUUGGAAAAGACCCCUCUUUGACCCUCAUCGCAACAUCGGACACCGACCCAAUCUUCCAUGAGGCUGUCGUAUGGUAUCCUCCUACUGAAGAGGUGUUCUUUGUGCAGAAUGCUGGCGCUCCUGCCGCAGGCACUGGCUUGAACAAGUCUUCCAUCAUUCAGAAGAUUUCCCUCAAGGAGGCCGAUGCUGUUCGCAAGGGCAAGCAGGAUGAGGUCAAGGUCACAGUUGUUGACUCGAACCCUCAGGUUAUCAACCCCAAUGGUGGUACUUACUACAAGGGCAACAUCAUCUUCGCUGGUGAGGGCCAAGGCGACGAUGUUCCCUCUGCGCUGUACCUCAUGAACCCUCUCCCUCCUUACAACACCACCACCCUUCUCAACAACUACUUCGGUCGCCAGUUCAACUCCCUCAACGACGUCGGUAUCAACCCCAGGAACGGUGACCUGUACUUCACCGAUACCCUCUACGGAUAUCUCCAAGACUUCCGUCCUGUUCCUGGUCUGCGAAACCAAGUCUAUCGUUACAACUUUGACACCGGCGCUGUUACUGUUGUCGCUGAUGACUUUACCCUUCCCAACGGUAUUGGCUUUGGCCCCGACGGCAAGAAGGUUUAUGUCACCGACACUGGCAUCGCUCUCGGUUUCUACGGUCGCAACCUCUCUUCUCCCGCUUCUGUUUACUCUUUCGACGUGAACCAGGACGGUACUCUUCAGAACCGCAAGACCUUUGCUUAUGUUGCCUCAUUCAUCCCCGAUGGUGUCCACACUGACUCCAAGGGUCGUGUUUAUGCUGGCUGCGGUGAUGGUGUCCAUGUCUGGAACCCCUCUGGCAAGCUCAUCGGCAAGAUCUACACUGGAACGGUUGCUGCUAACUUCCAGUUUGCUGAUAAUACAUGGCAUUUGACUUUUGUCGCAUCAUUUCAAGUAGCGCUACGGUCCUCUCUUUGCAGGAUCUUGCUUGAAGCCGUGGGGCAGCAUCUGCUGCUUUCAUCCAAAUCCAAGAAUAAGGCCUCAUUCUCAUAUGACCCAAUAAGCUUACAGCGUCUAGGCCCAGCCGAAACCUGCAACCAAAGGACUCAGCCGCUUACGCCUGCAGGUGGAUUCCAUGAUCUUCUUCUUGAUCACAUCCCCGGUGACCGCGAUAAGAUUCUAUCUAGACUACGAAGAAUCCAGAGACGGCAUGAGACCAAGAGCUCACAGGGGCCUCCCUUUCGGCCGGCCUUUGUACCACUCUAUGAUGAUGACCAGGUAGAGAAUAUGCUAGGGAUACCUGACUUUGAACAAGCCAAGUCCGAUCUUCCAACGUUCGUCUCGAUCCCAACAAUACAACUGGAUAAACCGCGCCCUCGAACAUUCCCUGAGAUGUCCCACCACGUGAAGUUCCUACUACAGUACUACCAUAGGGUUGGGAUGCACAAUGGCACUGUUCAGAAACUCCAUUUUGACCUUGCUUUGAUACUCGAUGGCAUUCGUUCUCCCUGUGUCCGACAGAUGUGGUGCUUAACACUUGAUAGCAAAAACCCCAUUACUGUCUCGUGGCUUCCGGCAAAUAGUAUAUGGCCAAUACUGAGUCAAGGGACAUGGUAUAACGAUCAGCCGACAGUAGCCACGCAAAUUGAGGUGUUCGAAUAUUUCCAAAAAGACGUAAACGCGCCCCAUGAGCGAUUAGCACGACUAGAUCGUUCGAUAGGGGGUAGAACAGUUCUGGAGAUCACAUUCUGUGUUGGAAUCAUUGGUCAUAUGUUUUCAGUUGUUGUGCUGGGCGGCUGGGUGCUGGACCGACUAAUUCGCAAAGUCGGAGAACACGUACUGGUGGUCGAUUCCAUGGACAUGAUAAGAUUUGCCUCAUUCUUCCUCGUGCUUAACCGAUCCACUAGGAAGAAGAAAGCUCGUGGGCGGUUGUUCGGUCCAUUGAGGACAGUCCUUACCUUUUCACCGGGACGCUACAAUGGAGAGCCGCUUCGAAAUAUGCCAGAUGAAACAAGCAAGAGAGGCGAAACUCUUCAAGAUCUUGAAGAUAAACUGGCGGCAGCCAUCACAAGUCUUAAGAGGCGCCAUAGUACUGUACAGUCAGAGCUUCAGGUUUCCAGAGAUAACGAGAACAAGGACAUGUUACGGAGUAUACAGAACUUUAAUGGAAACUUAUCCCUAGCAUGUCUCCUUCGCAUGUGUACAAUAUCAACACCGACCUGGUACUCGAUAACUUCACAAGAUAUGACAGAUACAUGUGCUCGAAGAUUAUCCCGUCUGGAAUGGCUUGUUCGCGACUCCGUAUCUCAGCCACAAGUGUACCAAAUCUCCGCUAUAUCAGAUGACUUGCGGAUCCUCAAAGAGAUCCUACAUAGCCAAAUGCAUGUCGUCUCACAGGUAGCACAGAGUCUCGCACGGGCGAUCGCCAGCUCCAGGCCUCUCGAAGCGGUUACCGGCAAAACACCAGGAUCGGCUGAUGUUCAAGCGUCAACAACUCAGAUCUUUAACUCAUUACAAAGGAAGUCUCAGAUCAGACAUAGGCAGCUAGCCUAUGAUAUCGAAAAGCUACAGGACGCUACAGAGCGACUGAAGUCACAGGUAUUUCUCAACGCUGAGUACAUCGGAGCUGAAGCUAACAGUCCAACUCCAUGCUGCUUUAUUCAUAAGGAUUAA